GGAACUCUGUGGAUGAAUCUGACGCGUACGCUCACAAAGCAAUUCGUCAGCGUCCACAACCAGAGACAUAUAAAUUCAGCGCCAAACAUGUCGUCUCUCCCCAUCUCACAAUUGCAAUCGCAUCUAAUCAUACAACAAUGUUUGUUAUCAAUCCCGUCUCCCAUCCCGAAUACCAUCUCCUCGACCCAUACGUUGCCCAGCAGCGCGCAGAGUUCAAUGCUCGUGCAGAGGCUCGCGUUCACAGGCACCGCCAGGAGCUGCUUAGGAAGCAGCUCAUCCUAAAUGCUCUCCGUGCUCAAGAGUACGAUCAGUAUCCUCAGAGCCAAUUUCCAUCCUACGUCCCAGACUACGGCUACCUCGAACCAUACCCUCCCAAACGCCACGCUGCGUUCGAUUACGAGGCUGCAAUUCAGCAGGCACGCCGCCAGGCUGUCCUAGAACAGGCCGUUCGUCAACGCGAGGCGCGUCUCCAAGAAGCCAGUCAUCUUGCCGCUCUUCAGGCUUACCGCAAGGAGCCAGAACCCCGUACCCGUCGUCUUGCGGUCGAUUACGAGGAUCCAUUACAGCGGGCACGCCGUCAGGCUAUCGAGAAGCAGGCCACUCGUCAGCGCGAGGCGCGUCUCCAAGAAGCCAGACGUCUUGCUGCUCUUCAGGCUCACCGCAACGAGCAAGAACUCCUUGCCCAUCGCCGUGCAGAUACUGAGAGGUUCCUCAGUGCUUUCUUACGUCGAACUCAGAACGCGCCUGCCAAUGCUGAAAUCCCCGCUCAGCCCAUAGCUUCCACUUCCAAGGCCCCUGUACAGGAUGACCCUUCGCUCAAGGACAGGCUUGAGGACCGCCUUAUGGCAGAGUACGAGUCUGACGUGCGCGAUGCGUUCCAGUCUCUCCUGUCCUCUCUUUCUAAAGGCACUUCGACCGAAGUGCCUGUUGCACGCGUUCCAGUUGUCGCCGAGCCUUCACAGGCCAAGGUCAACGAAGAGGUAACCCCAGCCCAGGACAAGGGUAAAGGCAAAGCCAAGGAGAUCCCUGACUCCGACACCGAGGAAGAACCUUCUGCAUCUCCCGCCCAGGUCGCUGCUUCCCUCUCCCAGAUCACUUCCAUCGCCUCCCGUCUCGAGACACUCCUCGCUACCUUCCAGUUCCCUGCCGAGCUCGAUUUCUCUCCUUCGCGCUCGCCUUCCCCAGUUUACUCAGCCCUCGACACCACCGAUGUAUUUGCGUUGACAUACGCCCCGUCCAAUGCGCCCCUCCGCGCACAGGAGCAUGCUCUUUCGUCGCUCCUCGGAGACUUGGACAAUGUUCCUAGCUACGGGUCACACGCAGUGAGAGACGCGAGACGUGCAGUUGUGGCGCGCGUGGAGCAAGCGCUUGAAGAACUUGAGAAAGGUGUGGAGGAGCGAAGGGGACGUGCGCGCGCUAGGAAGGAAGACCCUGUGAGUGUGCCUCCGGGGAAUGUUACCCCUGAGGAUCUUCCGCACCUUGAGGGCCCCGUUGUAGAAGAGGAUUUUAUUCCUGCCGGUGUUUCGGUCCAAGUCGAAGCACUCGCACCCGCCGCCUCUUCCCCUAUCGAAGCAAUUGUAGACCAUGCAGGGCCAUCUGAGACUAGCAUCGAAGCACCCGCCACUUCCAUCCCCAUUUCCAUCGAGAUCCCGACUACAUCGGUGGCGGAGCCGAGCAUUACUUCUCUUCCCACAACCUCUGAAGUGUCCGAGACUUCGACAGCUCAGGUUUCGGUCCCGCAGGAAGACCUGUCAAAGGAGUCCGAGGAGCCUCUUGUCUAUGAAGUCUCUACCUUCACUGAAUCCACAGCGAGCGAGGACGUCAUCCAUGUGGAACUCGGGCCAUCAUCAUACGCUACGCGCCCAACGCCACCUACCAUUGAUACACCUGAUUCACUUUCCAAAAACACCAUCGGCGUGUCUCUCUCCGUCUCUUCUUCAGUUAUCCCCGAUUCUUUGACUUUAACCCAUGCGGACGCUGAUUCCCCCGCGGAGGUGACGAACUCCACGAACAUGCCGGCAUCCUAUCCCCCGGCGGCGUCUUCUUUAUUGACCUCGGAGCAGACGCCUUCUCAGGUGAACAUGCCAGACUCCGAUUCAGAUUCUUAUUCGACUAUGGAAUCACCCGCAUCUUCGUCUCCCGUCAGUGAUGCGGAGGUGGAUACGUUCCUGCUUCCUGCCUCGCGCCCUGCUUCGCCACGGUUGGUGCCUCGCCACUCUGCGUCUGAGGAUGAGGGAGAGGUGGUUGUGGACUAUGAGAAUGAGGAGGAUGGAGAGUGGUCUGAUGUCGCCGCAUGAUUGGAUUUUGUUUUCUUUAUGUUUUGACUUAUGGCUUCAUGGCUGAUAUGUUGUGCUUCGUAUUCGUUCGUCAUUAUUCGAUCACUGUACUCGAAGCAUGUAUAAUGCAUUAAUGGGUAGUUACUUGAUCAGUGUACUCGCAGCAUGUAUAAUGCGUUAAUGGGUACUAUGUAACAAUAAACACGCAAAUACAUGUAUUUCAUACAUUC